AUGCUAAUUAAACUAUAUAAAAUUAAUAAUUUUGUAAAAAAAUUAAAAUAAAAAUUAUUAAUACAUAUACAAAUAGCAAAAAAAUAAUACUUUUUAGAUUAAAACAAAGAUAUUUAAAAAAUAGAAAGAUUAAUUCAUCUUUUAUCAACAGAUACUAACGAUAGGACUAUUGAAAUUUGUUAAUAAAUAGCAAAGGAUUUAUAAGGAUUUAGCUUUUUUGAUUAAUAUUAACAUUUAGAUAUAUUUUUAGAUAUUUGUUAAUAUAUUUAUAUUCAUUAGUUUAUUAAAGGUUAAUAUGUUUAUAAAUAGGGAGAUAAUUCAGAUGCAUUUUAUAUAGUUUUAUAAGGAUCAGUUUCAAUAUAUAUAGACGAACCUACUUAAUAUAAGAACUUUAUAUAAUUAAAAUAAAUUUACAAAUUAACAGAGGGAGAAUCUUUUGGAGAAAUCGGACUUUUGUUCGAUUAAAAAAGAUCUUAAAGUGCAAUUACUACUGAAGAUAGUUUUUUAAUAAUUCUAGAAAAGACUGUUUUUUAAAAAUUUAUAAAAGAUUAUUAAAAUGAACAUUUAACAGAAAAAAUAAACUUUUUAAAAAAUUAAGAAAUUUUUAAUUAAUUAUAAUAAAGUGAAAUAGCUGAACCAGCCUCUAAAUUAUAAAUAUAAGAAUAUAGUUCAAAAUAAAUAAUAAUAAGUGAUGAUAAACAACCUUAAUAUUUAUAUUUCAUAAAAUAAGGACGUGUUAAAGUCUAUAAAAAGAUAUUAUUUAAAAUAAAUAAAUAAACUAGAGAAAAAAUAAAAGAUUAUAUAAAAGAUCCUACAAUAGAAGAAAUUUAAAAUAAUCUUUUUGAAUAAGAAUAGAUAGAAAUUGAAGAAUUAGGGGAAAAUAAUUCAUUCGGUGAAUAUUAAUUAUUAUAUAAUAAAUAAUAUGAUUUUAAAGUAAUAACUGUUAUUCCAUCUUAAAUAUAUUUUAUAAAUGCUUAUGAUAUGUUUAAAGUUAUUUCUUAACAAUCUUUAGAAAAUUAUAAAAAACAACUUAAGAAAUAUCCAAAUUCAAAUGAUAUUAGAUAGAUGUAUUGGCAAAAAAUAAACUGGAUUACAUACUAAUAAAAAAUAAUUUAAAACACAUUCAAAAAAAAAGACUUUAAGAAUAUAAACAAAAAGUAAGAAAAUGUAAAAAAAAGUGGAUAUUUAUCUAUAUUAAUGCCUUAUAAUGUAAUGGAUAUAUAAGACGGAUAAGAUUUUUAUAGUCCAAACAAUUUUUUAGUACCUAAAUAUGGUAGUUUUGAAUAUGAAGAUGAGUUUUUAUAGAAAAACACAUAAUAUAAUUAAAAAAAAUAUGUAUGA